AUGGCAGACAGUGGACUCUCAGACACAGAAAGACAUAAAUGUCUGUUCUGCAGAAUAGCCCACAAUCAAGAACCAAGCUCUCGUCUUCUCUACGAGAAAGACGGUAUCGUCAUUUUCAAAGACAUCCGACCAGCGGCAGCCCACCAUUACUUGGUGGUCCCACAGGAACACAUCAAAGAUCCCAAACAUUUAGGGCCCAAAGACAUUGAUCUUGUAAAUAAGCUUGUAGCUGUCGGGGAAGAAUUUCUGACUCAGGGCGGUGGAGACAUAGCUGACUCUCGGCUCGGCUUUCAUUGGCCGCCAUUUAAUUCAAUUUCUCACCUUCAUCUUCACGUUAUUUCUCCUGCCAGCUCCAUGGGGUUCAUGGCAUCGUUGAUAUUCAGACCUAAUUCAUUGUGGUUUGUGACGGCCGAUUGGCUGCUGAACAGGUUAAAGAAUAUGAAGCGUAUAUAG